AUGAGACGCGCCGGUUUGAUUAAAUCGCUGCUGCUCACGAAUAACAACAAAUACCGGCUUUCGGCUAAAAAAUAUGCAACAAGUAUUGAAUCAAGCGAGUCAGAAUGCAAUUUUGACCCCAAAGAAUAUAUUGACUUUAAAAAACAGUUACGUUUGCAAAAUGUACAGCACAAAGACGGGUACACGUGCCUCCAAUUGGAAUGCCGGCUGUGCGUACGUAACAAAGAUACGAUAGCAACAACAACGACGACGUCGCAACAACAACAACGCACAGGCGCCCAGCAGGCUUAUAUAAACAAACGAACGGGUGUCUUCGUUUGUCCCCAUUGUGAUGUGAAAUCCUCGCUCUCAAAUGCAUUGGCAGCUUAUCAGACGCCCACGCCAUCGGGUUAUCAAUUCCAAAAGCAGCGGCACGUCAUUUAUGACUCACAGUUUCCCAAUCUGAUUAGUGUGACCCAAGAGGCAUGUGAUCAUGUGGGGCUAAAAGGUCUGAAGAGUUCACAAUUGGAUGCUAUUGGCGCGCUUUUUGAGCCGGAGCAGAAUCUUUUGCAUUUCAGUCUGCGCAAUGCAGCGCAACAAAUUGUGGGCGAGAAAGUGCUGUAUUUGAACGAUCGACGAGAGCAGACAUUCCAAGGAGGAAGCAGCUCGGGAAUCUUGAUACAUGGCAAUAUCAAUAAACAUAAGGCAGUGCUGGUCAGCAAUCUUCUAGAUUUCAUUGUGCUUGCCACACAGAAUAUUGAAUCGCAUUGCGUUGUAUGUCUGCCAUAUGCCUUGCAAAUGCUGCCGCAGGAAUGCUUGCCGGCGUUAGAGCGUUUUAAGGAGCUGGUCUUCUGGUUAAACUACGAUGCAACGCCCACUUGGGAUGCAGCGCGUUCGUUUGCACACAAAAUGGAUGAGAAGCGUUGUUUGCUCAUAAGACCCACUGAGACGGAACCGGCGCCGCACGUUGCAUUUAAGAGACGUUUAAAUUUACGGCUCAUAUUGGCCAAGGCAACACCUGUAAGACACAAAGCUAUCACCACUUUUAAUGCGCUGCGAAAUGAUAUCUUAAGCGAGUUACAAAACAUUGAGAAAGUGAAUGGCGUGAAAUGGAAACGGUUUCCGGUGUUAAACAAAUUGCUGAAGGGACAUCGCAAGGGGGAGUUGACGAUACUGACAGGCCCCACAGGCAGCGGCAAGACAACGUUUAUGAGCGAAUAUUCGUUGGAUUUGGCCCAACAGGGCGUGAGCACAUUGUGGGGUUCCUUUGAGAUACGAAAUACGAGAUUGGCGGCCACACUGCUUCGUCAAUUUGUUGGUUACCCUCUGGAUGAUAAGCUGCACGAGUUUGCACAUUGGGCCGGGGAAUUCGAGCGCAUGCCGAUAUAUUUUAUGACCUUUCAUGGUCAACAGCCGCUCAAACCGGUCUUGGAGGCUAUUGAGCAUGCACAAUAUGUUCACGACAUCAACCAUGUUAUCAUUGACAAUCUUCAGUUUAUGAUGGGUGUCUCUUCAUAUCGUGGUGAUAAGUUUUGGGAGCAGGAUUCUAUUAUUGCGGCAUUUCGCGGCUUCGCCACUAAGCAUAAUGUGCACGUAACGCUCGUGAUGCAUCCACGCAAAGAGCGGCAGGAAGAUGAGUUGACCACAAGCUCCGUUUUUGGCACAGCAAAGGCUACCCAGGAGGCGGACAAUGUGUUGAUCAUUCAGGACAAACGACUUACUUCGGUACGUGGUAAAAAAUACUUACAAAUAGCCAAAAAUCGUUAUAGUGGCGACUUGGGCAUUAUGCCACUUGAGUUUGACCGCGACGCACUCAGCUACUCUACCAUUGCGAACACAGCGAAAAGGCGGCGAGAAAAGGAAAAGACGAUCACUUAAAACUGAAUAUUCUAUAUAUUAAAAACGGUGUUUUUAUAUCUACAUUAAGAUUAAUCCAUUUGUUAUUGAUAUUUUCAAUAGAGCUGCGCUAUGUUGAGCUUUGUUUGUA